AUGUCCAUGUCAUGCGGUUUGUGCGGCGCCAGCAACUGCCCACACCACAUGAUCUCGCCCGUUCUUCAGCAUCAUCAGCAUCAUCAGGAACACCGGCUGUGCGAGUACCAGUUCUUCGCCCACGGCCACCACCACCACCACCACGGCGCCACAGCGGACUACCCACCACCACCACCGGCCAAUUGCCACCACCGCAGAUCAUGGACCGCACCGUUUCGUGAAACAGCAGCUCCAGGGAACAGCAGCAGCCUCACGCUGGAGGUGGACACGGGCGGCCAACACCUGGCUCACCUGCUGCAGCCACCGUCUUAUGAUUAUUUUCCUCUUGAUCUUCAGGUGCCAUUCUGCGGGGGCGCAUUCACCAACACUAUUACCAAUGCAACGAUCAUGACUAUUGAUACAGAGAUGAUGGUGGGAGCUGCCCAUAAUCCGAUGAUGCAGGAGAGACAGGCGAAGGUGAUGAGGUACAGGGAGAAGAGGAAGAGGCGGCGAUAUGACAAGCAAAUCCGCUACGAGUCCAGAAAAGCGUACGCCGAGCUCAGGCCACGGGUCAAUGGCCGCUUUGUCAAGGUACCUGAAGCCGAUGUGUCUCCAUCACCCCCAGCUUCGCCCUAUGAUCCUAGUAAACUUAACCUCGAAUGGUUCCGGUAG